UGUGCGGGGCAGGGGCUGGUCGUCGUAAGCAGUUGCGAAGUGAGCUGCAAAAUCUGAGCCCGGUUUCAUUCCAAGUGUCGCUACAGCGCAAUUAAAACGUAUGUAUAAAUAGUUCUGCUGGUAAAACCGUCAGGAGAAGUUGUAACCUUUGCGGUGACAUAGAGUCAUGCUUUACAGAACAAGGAAGACAAAAAUCCAUACAAAACGCUCUUCAGUUUUGCAAAAUGCGUAGAUUUUAGGAUUUUGUUUUUAUUAUUUUAAGCUAAAAAUGCCACGUGACAGAACACUUCAUAGCAGAGGAGCUGCUUGAAUAUACUCUGCAAACGAAUCCCAACUUUAGGAAAGUGUGUCUCAGAUGAAUGAGACUUGGCAGGUCUGCACAAAUCUUUUAACACAUGACUGUGUGAUGAUUGGAGUAGCAGACUGGAGGAAAGAAACCAUUUGAGGUGCAAAUGCACACACUAUUUAAGAAGCGGGGGGAAAGAGUUUGAAGCUUACUUUAUGGUAGGAUUUUCUGGUUGACGAGAAGUGGGUGCGCAUUACCACGAUGCAGAGUUUUGCCCAAUAGUCAGGUAAAGAUGAGUAGCAGAUUUUAGUGUGGCUUACAACAAUGGUUUGGCAUAAUUAAAUAGAGCUAUUUUAUUGGACUCUAUUAACCUGGUUAACCUUAAAUCUUAACCAUGACAGGGUUUUCAUGUAAAGAGCCUCCAUACAAAGUGCAAUACUGAAUUUUAAUUGGAGCUUUCAAGACCUAAUGUAGAGUGUAUUCCUCUUGCUUCAUCUUUUUUUUUUUUUUUUUUUUUUUUUCCCUUCUUGGAAGUCCAGGCGUAGUAAAAUAUAUUGAAAGAAUACUUUCUUGACAUAAGUUUAAAUGCUAUGAAUCCAGAUUGCGUAAAUCAAUUAAGGGCAGGAUUUUUUAACACAGUGCUGGUUUUUUGGAUCUAUGUGCUUACUACGUAUGAGAAGGUGAGGAUCAUUCUCAACAUUGCAAUACCUUGGUCUUCGCAAACUUUCUGAACAACUUCCCGAUCUAAUUAUUAUCUGGCCGAUCGACAGUGAUGGUAGAACCUAGGAAGCAAACCCACUGUCCAGCUCAGGGUGUUUGUAGUUUACAAAUACAGCACAAAAUUCUCUCCUCCGCUGAUCAAUGCACAGUUUGAAUUCUCAUGCAGUAAUAUUGUUAAGACUACUGUCAGUUAUUGCACUUGGAGUAGUGCAGUAGACCCCUGUGAAGGCAACAACAGCACAUAGCAGUGGAUUGGUCUUGUCCCACAGAGUUUAGCUGGAAUGAGGGAAGGCGUUUGGCACGUGAGUCACUAAUAUGAUACCAGCAAACAUCUCCUGAAUUCCAGUCUUUUGGGAUUUGCCAUGAGUUACAAACACCUGUUAAUUAACCCUUGUGGAUCUCUCUCCUGCGUUAGGAUCAGUACCAAGUGGGACUGGUACUGUUGCAAAAGUCGUGCCCAUGGCUUGCGAAGUGCCUGUGUUACAGCUGAAACAUGUCACUUUUGCUGCUAAGUCACUUGGACUCUAAUGUAAAAGUUAUACAACUUCCUUAAUGUUGUUUUAAAACUAAAAUAUAGACAUAUUUUAAAGACCUGUUUGGCUGGAGGCCCAUUUUAGAGUGGCCGGUAAAAGUAAUAAACUAUCCUCAAACAUUUCUGCUCAAUAAAAUUUGAGAAUAUGAAAACAAAAAGUUCCUGGUUUAGCUUUUUAUAAAUGUUUUCUACACCCUAUGAUGGCAGUGCUUGACACUGCCCGUAGCUCAAAGAAGAGCCACAUGCCUUGAGCGUUUUGGGCCUCUGACCCAAUCUACAGCAUAGACUUCUGUUAUUUUCUGCUUUGAUCAGAGCAGUGAAGGUUUAUGGUCUCUGUCCAAUAUCCUGCCCUGGUGGAAAUUUCUAGAUAGACAUUUUAUCACCAAAACAGCACUUUUUAUCAGUGUACUUUCUUUCACUCAGGACUCCCGGAAUAAACUAUGUGGGCAAAAACUGAUGGCUGCUGUAAGCUGGGAUCUCACCAAGCGCCUCCUGAUGUGGAGAAGGCCAGUAGUUUUAGAAGCAUUCGCUGUAUUUAAAUUCCUUACUGUUUGUGUGGCCAGCUGGAAUCUAACUUAUAAAAAAGAAAGAAAAUAUAUAUACUGCAUUUUUUGGCUUCACAAGAUCAGAAUAUGUUUAUACAAUACAGUCCUAUAUAGUUCAGAUUGGGAGAGCCAUUGAGAUAAGGCAUUUCUCCAGCAGCUGUUGAUGAGCAAAUAUUUAAUGUGGAAUAUUCUCUUGUAUUAGCUCUUUCAGUUGCAGAGAGGAAGUCUUGUCCAAAGACUUGAGAUCUUACCUGGUUAAAUAGUUGACUUAAAGAACUGCUGUUUCUAUCUAAAUUGGCCCCUAAGUUACGUGCUCAGAAGAAAUACAUAUAACAUACAUGUUCCUGUGUGAACAGAAUUGUGUUCUGUUGUAAGGAAAUACACUGAAAAUAUAUUUUAAGGUUCAAUUUUUAGUGAUAUUGGUAUAAAUAAUGGGACCUUAAUGUUGACUGCUCUGUUUGAGGGCUUCUGUGUACGACUGCUUGAGACAUAAGCCAUUAUGUAGUGAGUAGUAACGAAACCAAGGCAAAUGAUUUGCUAACUUGAACAGAGUAUCUCAUUGUCUGGGACUAGUUGUAUGACUUAUUAAUACUGCUAAUUAAAAAAAAAAUACACAAAAGUGGAGAACAAACUGUAAAUAUAUAUGCAAGGCUGUUAGGAACCCAUGCAGCAGGCAUUUUAGAAAUCCGUUGGCUACCACGUUUUUUUUCUAUUUGUAUGUGAGAAACGUUCUCUACCAAGUUUGUAAAGCAGGAAAAUCAUCUUAAUCUUUGGUGGCAGAAUUGUUAACGAGGGGCUCUAGAGAGCCUGCCUUCCCCUGCCCCCAGCCAUCAGUAAGUGGUGCAGUUAGCAGUGGUGACGCAGUGCCUUAGUGCUGUAAGGACACAUACCCCAGUGUGAAUUUCACUUCUGAAUAGAUAUAUAUCAAAGUAUGUCUUAAACGUACACCUUAGCUAGCCAUAUUGCUGCACAUCAGAUGUGAAAGUAAAAAUAAAUGUGUGAAGCACCAGACAGAGUAUGAAAUCUAAAUCUGAAAACCAUGUCUCCAAACAGUCUAUUAUCCUAAAUCCUGGACCCCAUAUAUAUGUAUAUAUGGGAGCAUAUAUAUAUAUAUAUAUGUUUUAUUUUUGAUCCACGGUAUUUCCUGUAGGCAAGAAAUCAAAGAUCUUUUCAAGUUAUAAAUGACAAUAAGUAGGGGAGCCAAUACUUCAGAUAGCUGGUAUUUUGUGUCUGAGUAGCUCUUUGAUGUCUAAAUGAGAACUGGAGGAAUGUCUAAAAUUAACAAUGAAGUAUGUAAAAUUAAUGAUGAAAUGCAGAACUUGGAGGAAAACAGGCAAGGCCAGGCACUAAGUGUGGUUUGUUUUUUUCCCCUGAAUAAUUGUUUGUUAGGGUUAAGACACAGAAAGAACGCAAACAGUUGAGACGCAUAAAUCCCAAAGUAAGUUAGUGCUGCAUAAGUGACUUCGAUGUAGAUAUUUGAGUGUGUGUAGGUUUACAUAUAAUCAAACACGCGAAAUUUACUACAUAUGUGAUUAGCAGAAAUUUUCGCAUUGGCACUUCAGAUGCAACUGGAUUUAAUAUCAUCUUCAUGCCUUAAUUUUGCUGAUUUGUUGCGGUUUUGCUGAAUAGUGACAAAAAAAUUGUUGAAGAAAUUAAUGGUAGGUUGCCAAAGAGGCAAAGAAAAGAGGAAUUUAAUCAGUUUUGCAUCUGGAAACAUCUAUGUAUUGUGUCUAUACAACAGUUUGACCAGUGUGGCUUCACAUGCUGUUUUCCAGUUUUGUUCCAAGGUUAUUUUUGGGCAGUCAGAUGCCACGUUUGUGCAACAGGUUGCCUAUGUUCACGACACUCGGUGGUAGAAGUAUAAUAUUGCCAUAAAUAAAUACUGUGGGAAUGUUUUUUUCUUAGAGGUACAACAGCGGUCCUUAAAAAAGUUACUUUGGCCAUGCCUCUGGCAACAGAAGUCUUGUGGUGAUCGUGGUCUUGAUGAAUAAAAUACCAUGCAGAGUGCAAGAUUUCUUUUGUAGUCAGUGUAAGAAGCUGUCAUUGAGGGAACCCCGCCCCCCACCCCGUAAGUUCUCGCCGAAGUAGUUGGAUUCAGAUUUAAUAUGAUGCAGUCUUUUAUUCCUUCUCUGGGAUGGAAGAUUUACUGAAAUGAUGUUCCAUGAUGGGCAUUAGUCACCCUGGCAGAAUUCAUUGGUCAGGUGUGUUGGAAUACAGGAUGAAGACAUCACUGUUGCCAGUUGGUAUUUUUCUCAAUCUGAAAAGACAAAGAGAAGCUUUUCCUUCAGAGAACUGAGAUUUUCUGGUUCAUCCUCCUGAAGCCUAAUAAAAUGUAUGUAGUAGGAACAGAACUCUUGUAAAGCCAUUAUAUAGGAGAACUUCCGGAGUAUCACAAAGCUUUGUGCAUACGUGCAAGAGUAAAUGUUUGGGAAUGGUGAAAACUCAGAAUGGAGUGAUUAGCUAGAGCUGUGAUGGUGUGUGACUAGUGGUAGAAUAUUUGGGAGAAAGAACAGUGAAGAUAGCUCCAUUUCUAGGACCAGCUCUUAGAAAAGUACCACCCUUUUCCUGUUCUUUCCAAUCAGAUUAGUUUGGGGGGGGGGGGGGAAGCCUCAGUCUUGUGUAUUAAUGACAUUAUUGUGCAGUAUUUGACAGUGUAGAUCUUGAUUCUGUUUUCAUAGUGUUUUAGUUACCAGGUGACAUGUUUGUAAAUAGGAAUAAAGUCCUUGUUGCAUUGUGAAAAUAAGGUGUUUUUUAUAACUAUCUUGCCUGGUGCAUAUAAUUAAACAGGUGCUUUCUCAGAAGCACCGUAAUUUCCAUCAUUUAAAAACCAAAAUCUUAAUUGAAGUACAGAUCCUCGCUUCAUCUGAUGCUCAGCAUUGUACUUCCUGUGAAUCUUUCUGCUUUGAUAUUUACUUUACAUACAAAUAUUCCAGAAAACAAAAAUUCAACAAGUAGUUGAAAGUAUUGCAUCUUUUAUAUUCCGGUAUAUUCAAGGUUUGCACAAGGAAUAUGCUGUAAGAUGACUUUGCAGAAUAAGUAAACCAGCAGUAUUCUGUGAAAUUCUCUGUUUUGUGAUUUCCCAGUUGAAAGUUUUGCCAUGCACCUUGUCUGUCUACUGGGUUGCAUUUUAAUACAGUAAAUUUCUGAGUAUAACUUUGUGUGUGGUUUGAUAUAAAUUAAAGUUCUCCAAAUAAACAAUAGCAUCAUCUUGUUGGCUUUAGAGAAUAAUUUCUUGUUCUGAUCUUGCUUUAAGAAAACUUUAACAAGAAAUAUGCUUUCGUUAUCAUUAAGUCAGCUUUCUUUUUUGUUGUGAUUUAAAUGUAAAGGCAGGAUUUAUGGAAAUGACUGGAGGGUGGUGCUGGCCUAAUUAGUCAUUAUUUCUGGCAAGGCAUAAAAAAUUGGCUGUUCUUCUGCCUAAAACUAAGAGUGUGCUUUGUAUUUAAUCUGUAGGUCUUUUGUAAAACAAAUGGUUGUGCCAAUAAGUGCAAAAUACGCACAUAUAAAGUUCUUCUGAUAUUAUUUGGUAUGCUGUUCUGGAGAGUCAUUUAGGUUUUUUGUUGAUAGUUAAAUUUAUUAAGGUGGGUAUCUUUCCCUGGAAAAAUGUAUAUUUAUAUAUAUCCUUUAAAAAAUAGUGUAUUUUUUAAAGGAAUAGUAGCUGGAACUUGCAGUAGCAAUUUUGGAAUUGAAUAUGGCUUUUCUGCUAGUGUCUAUUCAAGGAUUAAAUACAAAACACUACAGUGCUUUAUAAAAGUACUAAUACCUAUUACAAGUUUUUGCAAAGAGUUUUAGGAUUAUCCGUGUGGUAUGUUCACCAUUGGGCUGAGUAAUGUCUCUUAACAGGGUGGUUGGUUUUUUUUUUUUUUUUUUUUUUUUUUUUGUUGGUCUUGUUGAGAUGAAUUGCCAGUAAUUGGUAUUUCACCCAGAAGCGACCCAGGUGACUUACGGAAUUCCACUACCUUCAGCAGCCCCGUGCAUGUGGAAUGUCUUUCCUAAUCAGGCUUAAGAGAGGGGGGCAUUCAGCACAGCAAUGAUUGAAAACUCGCCUUCUAAAAAAAUAAUCAGCAGGGGCAUGUGACAUGAAUGCUCCUCCAUGCCUUUGCCCUCUUGUUGUCAGACCGCAGCUUAUGCCGCUCUUACACAUCCUUGAUGACCACAGGACAUUGCUAAAGCAGAAAGCUACUUUGCAUGUUCCUCUUUAUGAGUCUGUUUCAUGAUUAAACUUUUAAAAGUCACAACCCCCAACACGCAACUGCAGUUUCAUGGUAGCUGUGACAUUAUUUUACUAUUCAUGCUGUGAAUUUCAUUCUAUAGUAAAACGAAUAUUAUAUUGGCCUUUUAAGUUGGUUGUCAGUGGAGAAUAGGGAAGCUACACUUCCAGCAUCUGUAUGCAAUCUUGGCGACAAGUAGGAUCCUCUGGAAAGCUGUUACUGUUGGGGCAGAACUAAUCAUUCCAUGUGAAAUUAUAUAAGGAGAAUUAGCUCUGACUCUACCUCAUUUCCUUUCAUACCGCUGUGAAAAUAAGCUUAGAAACGUCAAACCUUCCCUCCUUAUUUCUCUAAGUACUUUAUUAAAUACUUCUUUUUAUUAAGGCUUAUUUAUCGUAGGUGCUAGAAACAAAAAUAACUACCUGUAUUUCUGGGUACUAAUGGGAUGUGCAUCCUUGCCCAAUUUGGCAGUUUUGAUUUCCUUCUCAGGACUGGAUUCCCAGGAUCGGUUGCUGUUGCCUUCUCUGUACUUUGACUUUAUUUCCCCGGUGGAUCAUUUGGAGUACUUCGUAUUUAAGGUAGCAUGCUUGAUGUGAUAGAAAAUUGUCAAUCACAGACUGCCUUGGCUAUUGAGAAAAAAGAGGUAUCAAAAGCCUGCUUGGAGCUCUAAGGAGCAGUCAAGUCACCUGCCGAUUUGCCUGGCAGGAGCCUAAACUUGUACAGCCUUUAAGUUUAGAAAAGAAAACGCAGAUCUCUGGAGGUCAUCCACUCUAUGUAAGGCCCUGUACUGUAUGCAUGAGCAUAUAGUGUUCAUUGUAAAGCCAGAUAGAUAUGUAUAGACAGUUUCUGACAUGUUCAUCUUACCAGGUCUUAAAAACAGUCAGUGAAGAUUUGUGUAGCCCCUCCAUGACCGAAUCAGUUGUUUAACUAUCCCUAGAGGUAGCAUAUUUCCUCUAAUACUAUUCUAUUUUUUUUCCUAACCCAUUAAGCUUCUUGUUUCUUUUUUAUUUUUUCUGCUGUGGAUAUUGCAGUAGUGGGACAUGAUCAUCAUUGUUGUAACUGCUGUUAACCUAUUUUGAAGCCUGCGCCCUUUUUCUUUGCUCAUCUUUUUUUCUGUACUCAGCAAGCCCGUUUCCCUUUAACUUUACUGAUUGCUUAGGGUUUCUUCUGAGCUUUUCUCGGUUUCCUACAUCUGUGUAUCCAGACCUGAACAUAGUGUACAACCUUAGUGUCCUGGUUUCGGCUGGGAUAGAGUUAAUUUUCUUUCUAGUAGCUGGUAUGGUGUUAUGUUUUGGCUUCAGUAUGAGAAGAAUGUUGAUAACACACUGAUGUUUUCAGUUGUUGCUAAGUAGUGUUUAGACUAAGUCAAGGAUUUUUCAGCUUCUCAUGCCCAGCCAGCGAGAAGGCUGGAGGGGCACAAGAAGAUGGGAGGGGACACAGCCAGGACAGCUGACCCAAACUGGCCAAUGAGGUAUACCAUACCAUGUGAUGUCAUGCCCAGUAUGUAAACUGGGGGGAGUUGGCCUGGGGGGGGGAAUUGCUGCUCGGGAACUAACUGGGCAUCAGUCGGCGGGUGGUGAGCAAUUGCAUUGUGCAUCACUUGUUUAGUAUAUUCCAAUCCUUUUAUUAUUAUUGUCAUUUUAUUAUUGUGAUUAUUAUCAUUAUUAGUUUCUUCCUCUCUGUUCUAUUAAACUGUUCUUAUCUCAACCCAUGAGUUUUACCUUUUUCCUUCCGAUUCCCUCCCCUAUCCCACUGGGUGGGAGGGAAGUGACUGAGCAACUGCGUGGUGCCUAGUUGCUGGCUGGGGUUAAACCAUGAGACAGUCUGUAUCAGUGAUGAAUAGAAUAAAUCUUACCAUCUUUUGCAUAUGAUGCUCCUGUUAAUGUUAACAUUAAUAAUGUUAAUUAAUUUUUCACUUUUUGCAUUCAAUUCACUAUUAAAACCCCAGUUUCAGUUUUGCUGUUAAUCACUUAGUCCUACUUUUUUCGAUUCUAACUCUGCUUCCCAGAAUGCUUGCAGCCCUUCCCAGGUAACUAAAAAAUUUUGCAACUGUAUCGUUCAUCAUCCAAGUAAUAAAUGAAAAAAUUAAAUAAUCCUGCACUGAAAAUGCUGUCUGCAUUAUGAUGUGAGGGCCAAGAGGAAGAAACUUAUUAUAGUUGGAGUCCUGCAACCUGUACCUUGUUGCAGACCUGACCUUUGGAGAUAGAGUCGCAGAAUGGCUGGCUUGUGCUCUGACCACUUCAUCGUCUUUGGUUUGGUUGGUUUGCUGGUCUUGGUUGGUUACGUCUGCGUCUGUCUUGUACUGGGGAGCACGGAACUGGACAAAUUAAGUCAGACAUCCUGUAGCUAUAGGUGUUGAAGGAGGGAAUCUUUAGUGAGAUAAAAGAAAAAAAAACUUGGAGAAAGUUUAUAUGGAUCUGCACACUUCGGUCAGCGGUGGUUCAGUUCCUUGGAGUGGUGUGUAAAAAUCACCUGUAAUUAAUUAGAUAAGUAUACAUGUGCACGUUUCUGUCUCUGUAACUUGAGAUGCAUCCAUACACAAAUGGUCAUUCUUCAUGGCUGCUAGAUCAACACUUCAAAAAAAAAAAAAUCUUUGAUCAAACAGAUCUCAAUAUUUGAAGUAAGUGUUAUUUUGUGAAUCAUGUAGACACGAGGGGAAGAAAGGGUAUCUCUACUUCAGAAUCUUUUCUUUCAUGCUAUUUGCUUGGAACAUAAUCUGCAGGCGUUUGUCUUUUAUGUUAGCAUUUUAGUAUACCUGAUGUGAUCAGAAACACUUUAUUUUAUCCUCUGCAGUGGCGUUUCUGAAAAUGAAGCAACUAAGAGGUGCUGCUAGAGAGUCAGAAAGUAGUAAGGACCGUGGCUUACAGUUAAGGCAGAUGUGAUUGCAACAUCUGUGCCUAGGAAAACUGCAGUCUGAUCUGCCUUCUAUCUUCAGGAUUUCUGGCAUUCCAGAAGCAGAAGUGGUGCAGAUAAGGCAUGUCCUUUGAGGUUUUGAAAUGCUUCUGCUUAGAUUGUAAAGCUCUUCCUUAUUAGACCCACAGGAAGCACAUCUCCUAUAGUGCAGCCAGAUUGGUAUCGUUAUUAAAUACUUCUUCUCACACUCUCCAGUGAUAACUCUUCUCUGUGGUGGUGUCAUUUGGGAAGAAGAGCCUCUAUGGUUGCCUCUGUGUAUUGACUAGCUGAGUACGUGGCCUCACCACAUAGCUGCGCGUGGUAAUUUCUGACUUGGAAGCUGUGAUGGGAUCCAAAGUACAGUUUAUAGAGGAUUUUUCAUCUUCUCCCUUAAAUUGAACUUUCCAGUGCUAAAACUUGGGACUUCUAACGUGCAGUCUUCAUUAGAACACAAUCUAGAAUAACAGGAAGAAAAACCCCAAAGCCUUGCCAUCAAACAAAUUAAAUUUUAAUUUCUUUAAUGAUUCUCCCCUUUGCCCACUGUAUUCUUGCAAAAUCGGUCUUUGCCCUUGGUUUAUUUUCAGUACAGCAAUUGCGUUGGUUUCUGUGUGGCAUAAAACUCUCCAUAUUCCUCUCUGAGUUAAGAACACUCUACCCUUUUCCAUGAUCUCUGAGCAGCAGUCAUAUGUCUACUUUCUGAUCUCAGGACUCUCCUGCUUACGUUGGGGCUCCCUACUUGCUGUGCUUCGCCUCUGCUGUUGUGUCCUGCUCUCGAAGGCUGUGCCAGGUGAGAUGUGCUUGCUUUUCUUUCCCCUUUCAGGAGAGCUCCUCUGGCCUGUUGUGCAGCCUGUGGGAAGAGGCAAGCCAGUGGCCUUCCUCUGUGCCAGCUAUAACCUUUUUGAAAGGACUUCACUUAACACAGUGCACGGCAGGCAAAACAGAUUUAAGAACACUUACAAUUGGGAAAAUUGCACUUUAUCAUCUGUCCAUUGGACUGAAGCAGAUAGAACGGAUGGGAAAAAGUACUGCUCAUCACUGAGAUUCAUAGACAAGAUUCCCAAACUGCUUUGUUGAAGACAUCUAAAGCAGCACAGCCUGGUAUUUUACUGCUCCCAGUUUUGAAUGAAGAAUCCAAACAGUGCUGAAGUAUUUGGAAAAUGAGUGUUCUUCUCAUUGAAGCCUUUUAUGGUGGUUCCCACAAACAGCUGAUGGAUCUUCUCCAGGAAGAGCUACAAGAAGACUGUGUCCUCUGUACGCUUCCUGCCAAGAAGUGGCAUUGGAAAGCACGGACUGCCGCUCUUUAUUUCAUGCAAACAGUGCCAACAAGUACUAAUUACAGGAUCCUCUUUGCAAGCUCGGUGCUUAACCUGGCUGAACUCGCUGCCCUCCGCCCUGACCUUGGCAAAUUGAAAAAGGUCCUCUACUUCCAUGAGAACCAAUUGGCAUAUCCUGUCCAGAAAUGCCAGGAAAGGGAUUUUCAGUACGGAUACAACCAGAUCCUUUCAUGUUUGGUUGCUGAUGUUGUGGUGUUCAACUCUGCUUUUAAUAUGGAAUCGUUUCUUACAUCCAUUGGAAAAUUUAUGAAGCUGAUUCCUGACCACAGACCUAAGGAUUUGGAAAAAAUAAUCAGACCGAAGUGCCAAGUUCUUUAUUUUCCAGUCAGGUUUCCUGAUGUGAGCAGGUUCAUGCCAGAACAUAAGCUUGCCCAUUUGGAAAAGGUAAUUGGUGUUAAAAGAAAUGGAGAUGCUUAUCAAUUGGAGGGUCUGCCUGGCCAGCAGAAGAGCAGAGCUUUAAUGAAAAACAGCAACGCACAUCGCGAGUCUGGACUUUGUGAAGCCCAGCCUGGACUUUAUACCACACAGCACGAGGGGCUGCCUUCCCCAUUAACAGCACUGGUGAGAUUGAACAAGUCUGAAGCAUCAGAAAGUACAAAUCCUUGUCAAGAAGAAGAUAAGCAACAUCUGACUUUUAACCUCUCUAAUAUCUUGAGUGGACGGGACUAUCAGCAAAGACCUUUACACGUUGCCUGGCCUCACAGGUGGGAACACGACAAAGAUCCUGAAACGUUCUUUAAAGUCCUGUUGAAACUGAAAGAGAAAGAUCUACCUUUUCACGUGUCUAUCCUUGGAGAGUCUUUCACCGAAAUUCCAGAUAUCUUUUCAGAGGCCAAAAAAGCGUUGGGGUCUUCCGUCUUGCACUGGGGCUACUUACCCAGCAAAGAUGACUAUUUCCAGGCUCUGUGCAUGGCCGACGUUGUCAUCUCGACAGCUAAACACGAAUUCUUUGGCGUGGCAAUGGUCGAAGCUGUACAUUGCGGCUGUUAUCCGCUGUGUCCCAAAGCCUUGGUGUACCCAGAGAUAUUUCCAGCUGAAUAUCUGUAUUCUACACCUGAACAGCUUUUUAAAAGGCUUCAGAAUUUCUGCAAGAGACCAGAUAUUGUAAGGAAACAUCUCUAUAAGGGCGAGACGGCUGGGUUUUCUUGGGCAGCGCUCGGCGGUAAAUUCAGGUCUCUGCUCGCAGCAGAACCGAGGGAAGAUUUGUGACAGAUGGGGCUAAGUCACAAACUUGCAGCCUCAGGCAGAAUUGUGGAAGUUUCCAGAGUGUGCCCAUAUUUACCUGAUCAGAGAGAAAAGAAAAUCUGCAGAGGAAGCCGAGCCUGGCUGCUUGUCAUAGCUGACACAGAGCCAUCUGCCACAAACCUGUGGCGGCUUCAGAUCUCCAAUCCCUGCCACCACCCCAGCUCAAAUUAAAUACAGAUUCUUAGAGACGUUAUGAUGGUUACACAUGUCCUCGGCAUCACAUGCAGGAGACUGUUCAAAAAAAAUAUGUGGCCUGUUGUGUAACCGCACUCAUGUAUCCCAUAUGUGGUGCCACAUUGAAUUUCCGGUUGAAUCUGUUUUUAUCCUUUGUACUGGAUGACAUGGUGCCUGAAUUCUUUCUUUUCGCCGACACGAUGGCAGCCAAGCUGCAGCUUCAAACGCUCACACUUGGCUGAGUUUCUACCUAGGUUGCCAGGUUAUCAUUGGAGCCUUAUUGUGUCCUCAAAGGGCCACAGGGCCUGAAAGGAGGAUCCGAACGCUGCCGGACUAAUUGGGCAGCCAUCUCCGGGUUGUUUGGAGGCAAAGGGCUGCUUUAGCACUUUUCUUUUUUUUUUUUUUUUUUUUUCCCUGCAAAUUAAUGACUCUCUGGCACGGGGGUUUUUAAGUGAAGGUAUUAAUAAGGGGUCUGGCAGGUAAUCCCAUGAUUCGUGGAGUUACAUUUGCAUUUAAUUAAUCUUAAAGAAAGCUGAAAGAUAAACAGCUGUAAUUCAAACUAGCAUGGGAAAUAUGCUACAUGGUGCCAUCUAUCCGAUAAAAUGAAAGCCGAGACACUUGUUUUAUUUCUCUCAAGGAUGGAGAACAAACAGAUAACAGUCAAAAUACUUCCAAUAAAAACCAGUAGUUUAAAUGUAACGGCAGUUCAUCAAGAAUCUUUGCAUCCAGUUACAAAUACAGUCUUUUAAAGAUAAAUCACUUAUGAUUCCAGCAGUCAAGCUGCUAUAUUUGUUGAUGUAAAAUGUUUUGAAGAUGUAGAUUGUACAAUAAAUUUUUAAUAAAGUGCCCACUGCAAUUUUUAA